GCAGCAUACCUUCUAGUAUGAGCCUACGACAAUUAUGGAAAAUCAAUCAGCACCGAUACCGAUAGCGAAGAUACCAGUUUACAACAUUUAUGGUGCGCAGUUACACGCAGUAUGCCCUCUAUCGCUUCUACUGAAGAGAGCGAAGCCAACAAGAAGAAAGAAGACACAAAAAUGAGGCAAGAGUGCCGCGUGGCGGUCUGCAUCUCGGGCGCCAUGCGGGCGUUUUUGGAUGCGUUUCCGACGUUUCUCGAGUUUGUGGAGAAGAAGAACGAUGAGUGCACUUUAGACUAUUUUGCGCACUUCAAUUGGGACCCCGAGCACGAUAUCGCUGCUGCAAAGGCGCUUUUUCCGACGGAGAAAGCGUACAAGAAGGCAGUCGCGAAGGGGACACUCGAGUUUUUUUCCAACGAAACAAAAAAGGACUUCGAAGACGCUAUCGCAAAUACAGAGACUGACAAAGACCAAGCGGAGAAUUCCGAGAGCGACGAGGAGGACACAGCUGAUGGAAAAAAACCGAAGACUGGAGCUGCGAAAACAACGAGUGCCACCUUCCGAAAUGUCCGGUGGCGACAGGUCUUGAUUUCCACGAACAAUGAAACGGUGCAGGAGAUGAUGACCCGGACGAAGGCCGAAAUUUUGUCCGAUAAAGAUCUCUACCACCAGCACAUCGAGCAGAAUUUUGAACAGCUCAUCAAGGAACCCACCGCCCGCGGCAUGGUGCCGUUCCGCGUCCUCGCGAUGGCCAUGAGCAUCGAACUCGCGCACGAGCAGCUGGAGAAGGGAUUGAAACUCCGGAAGGGGACGGAAAACGAGGUAAGGUACGACCUGUUCAUCCGCACGCGGCCGGACAUCAGUUUCAAACGGGAGCUCGACUUGUACGUCCCCUUUCACAUGUCGCUGACCGACGACCCCGAGGGGAGGGACCAGGACGAGCCAGACCCGAUUGGUCGGAAGCGGCACCCCCCGGACACGAUCUACCUGCCGUGGUGGAGCGACCCGUCCCCGAAACCGCACGCGUUUGACGCGUUAAACGACCCCGGGCUGGCGUUUGACCAGUUCGCGGUUGCGAACUCGUUGCAGGUCAUCCGGCACUACACGAGUUUUCGGAAAUACGUGGCGAAGCGGUUUGUAUGAAAGUGCACAACUCGUCCCCGUCCAACUCAUUUGAAGGGUGUAAGCAGCAACACAAGUACUGGCAUAAAUACAGCUCUUGCAUGACAUCAAAUUCGGGACCGACUCUAGUGCUGUUUCGGCCGCUUCCGGAACAGGUCAUGCAAGCAGUGCCAAAGGGAGAAAGGCGGAUUUGGUAUUUUGCAUGACAAAUGAGGGGUGGAGGGGGAGCUGUGCAUUGUGAUAGUUUGCGGAGCUAGUGAUGUCGACCACACCGUUGCACGUCCCCGGGGAUAGCGAAGAGAGCAGCGAGGAGGAAGAAGCUGCCGCGCCAAUGACCACCAGCACGACCACUCCCGCGCCGUCAAAUAUCAAAACGCUAAACGAUAAAAACUCAACUGCCCUCUACGAUGGGCACUCCGCCCCGGAUCUGGUCGCUUUGGGUAAGGAGGUAGCAAAGAGCCGGAACGGUGUCUGGAGUCGCAUGGAUGUGGAUUUUUACCCGGAAAAACUGCUCUUCGAUCUUCUCGCAGUGAAUCCGAAGCCGAGUGAUCCGAAUCUGAAGAAGAAGCUCCGGUUUGCACUGCUGGGAGAUUUCCGUGCGACCCUGCUCCGGCCGAACGGGGUCGAGGCGGAUCCGUUUGGGAAAUUAAAAGAGCACUACCCCGACGCAGAUGCGUACCCAAGGAGUUGGGUACCGGGGGCGAGGGAAGACCUGUGACUUUUGCUGGAUAUUAAAGGCGAUGAAACGUCGUGCGCGAGCACUCCCAUCAUCCACGUGGUAAUCCAAAGAGCUGCCCUGCUCCUGAAGAACGGGUAUA